AUGGUUGACGUGAUGGGUUGGGGAAUUCCUGAGCAAGGGUGGAGGAAGGGUCCUUGGACUCCUGAGGAAGAUAAAUUGCUUACUGAAUAUGUUAGAUUGCAUGGGGAGGGAAGAUGGAGUUCUGUUGCUAGAUAUGCAGGACUUAAUAGAAGUGGGAAGAGUUGCAGGUUAAGAUGGUCCACUAUUGCUCGAUACUUGCCUGGAAGAACAGACAAUGAAAUCAAAAACUAUUGGAGAACUCAUUUCAAGAAGAAAGGAAAGCCCUUAGCUGAAAAGCGAAAAGCAGCUCAAAAUCUAGUGCAAAAACAAGAGAAAGAGAUGAGCAAUGUCUCUCUCACACCUCGUGAAGAAUUGCAAUACAACAACAUGAACGAACAAGGACCACCACGAGCCGAGCAAGCAAUGGCUAUCACGUAUCCAACCAUGGAGGACCAUUUCUUGUCAUUAACGUAUCAAGAAGAUGCUUCAUCUUUGCAAGACACCAUACUGGUAGAUGGCUUAUGGGGGAGUGGUCUAUGGAGCCUAGACGAGCCACACGGCCGCACUGGGCCCUCGAGUGAUUAUAAAACAGCGAUCCAAAACCAAGGCAUAGCUUAUUCUGGUGGAGUUGAUGACACAAUUAACUUCUACAAUGGAGGAUAUGUAUUCUGA